AUGACUUCGAAAGAGACGCCCAACCGCAAGCCCCGGGUCGACCUGGAAAAGUCGGCGUCGGUCGAGGAUGUGCCCAUCUCGGGGAUAGGGUCCGAGAUCCAGCUGGCCGAGGCGCACGGCUUCAGUGAAAAGGAGCGGAAGCAGCUAAUUAAACCGAAAUUUCUUUUGUUCUUUCCUAAUAUGAUCGGAGGAAAUAGGCGCCGCAUCGACCUCCGUCUCCUACCCAUCCUCGGUCUCAUCUACUGCAUCUCACUCAUCGACCGGAGCAACCUGGGCCUGGCCAUGAUUGCGGGCAUGUCCAAGGACCUGCAAUUAGCCAAGGGGAACAGAUACGGAAUUGUCGUUCUUUUGUUUUUCGUCGCGUACAUCAUAUUCGAAAUCCCCUCGAACCUAAUCCUCCCCCGCGCCGGACCCGCAAAUUGGCUCGCCUUCCUCGGUAUCGGUUUCGGCGCCGUCAUGUUGGGCAUGGGCUUCGUCAAGAGCUGGGGCGUGCUGGCGUUGUGCCGCUUCUUACUCGGCACCUUUGAGGCCGGUUUCAUGCCCGGUUGUGCGUAUCUGAUCAGCUGUUGGUAUACGCGGUACGAGGUCGGCAAACGUCUGGCCGCCUUCUUCCUCAUCUCCAUCGUCAUCACUGCGUUUUCCAACAUCUUUACCUAUGCGCUUUCGCUGCUGGCGGGGAAACGUGGUCUCAAUGGGUGGAGUUGGAUUUUCAUCAUCCAAGGCGCCAUCACAAUACUCGUCGCCCUGGUCGGCUGGUUCAUCAUAAUCGACUUCCCCAACAAAGCCAACCGGUUCCUCACGCCCCGCGAACAAGCCUACAUCUUGGAUCGCAUCAACCAAGACCGCGGCGAUGCCGAGGCGGAUUCGGUAACGCGGGCCAAGAUCCUCCACCACCUCGCCGAUUGGAAGUUGUACUUCUGGGCCUUCAACCUGCUGGCGUCCACCAUGCCCAGCUACGCGCUCGUCUUCUUCAUGCCCAUCAUCCUGCGCGACGGUAUGGGCUUCAGCACCGCCAAUUCGAUGCUGCUCAUGACACCGCCGGCGGGCUUGGCUUUGAUCCUGGCCCUCGCGGCUGCCUGGGUUGGCGACAAGUAUAAGAUGCGCGGGCCGAUCGUGGCAUUUUUCCAGCUUAUGUCUGCCGUCGGCCUGUUGGUGAUGACGUAUAGCAGUAGUAAUGGUGCCAAAUGCUUUGGUGCUUUUUGGAGCUCCAGUUUCCUCCCUUAUACCAUCCCCGGAAUCCUAACUUUCCAAGCCAACAACAUUAUAUCGCAUUCCAAGCGCGCCGUGGCAUCGGCGACGUGCAUGAUUGGUGGCGGUGUUGGAGGUAUUAUUGCCAGCGUCGCCUUUGUUUCCAAGCAAAGCCCGAGGUAUUUGUCGGGAGUUUGGACGACCGUGGCCUUGUCACUGGCUAGUAUCUUACUCAUAAUUAUUAUGGACGUAUAUUUCUGGCGCCGCAACAAGGCCGCCAGGGGGGGCAAGGUGCUAAACGAGGGCAUAAAUGGGUGGAUGUACACGCUAUAA